GCAACGAGAGGACAGUGAAGGUUUAGCUCAGCUAGCUUUUUUCUCGGUCGACACUCCGAUACGAAGACGAACGAACGCGAUUUGAAUAAAAUUUCAUUGGCACAGCCAUGGACAGCCUUUUCUAAUGUGUAGUGAUUAAAUUUCUGCCCAUUCUGGCUUGCUGCGCGUGUGAACGGUUUUCAAGUUGCCAAAACAAUAGUGGAAAGGUGUCCUCGGAUCCGCGAGUGUGUGAAAAGUGACCAAAUCUUCCGUGCCAAGCCAGGCACCAGUUCCGGUUUAUUGAGUUUUUGUGUUAAGGAUUUUCUUUGCCUGCUAUGGUAUUUUGCAUCACAGUGUUGUUGGUGGUUGAAGCCCUGGAGGCACUCUAGUUUUUGUGUGCAGUGGAACGCGGCUGGGAAAGGUGGCUGCCCAAGGGGAAAAAGUUCCUCACUAACACGGGCAGAGGCAGAGCGCAGAGAAAAAAAAAACGCGUUUGGGCCUAGUAAAAAUAUUCCUUUCUUGCAUUUUUAAAAUACACGAGACUUUUCGAAAGUUUAAGCGCUGGUUCACUGUUGAGUCUCAAAAUGUUGAAGGUUACUGGUAAAGUUUCCAAAUGAUAGUGAUUUGACGAGAAAAAUGAGCAAAGUAGUGUAGACAACGUAUGCGGAAAAAUCUCUGGCUUUUUUUAAUGGGGAAAAUCAUGAAAAAAAUAAAGCAGAGAAGAUUUUUAAUGAAAAUUUAAGAGCUAGGAAAAAAGUGCUAGUUGCAGCGAGUAUCACAUCUGCAAUUUGUACACUGUAGUUUAUCAAGGUUCAUACGAGAACCUUGGAAGAAUAGAUUCCAGCAAUAAGUAGUAUCAGCAGCAACAAAGGCAGACGAUGCCGAAAUGUGAUGUUAAAACCAGAUAUAUUCCAGCGACCUUCGCUUGGACGCUGCUGCUGGGCACGACGUUCCUGUUUUUCUAUUACCCAUGCCGACAGUUCUACGUACAGCGACACCCAUGGGUACCGGCGUACCAGGCCGUCAUCACGUUCUUCGUCAUCGCCAACUUUACGCUGGCCACCUUCAUGGAUCCCGGUGUCAUCCCGAAAGCCCCACCCGACGAAGAUCGCGAGGACGAGUUCCGAGCUCCGCUGUACAAGAAUGCUGAAAUUAACGGUAUCACAGUGCGGAUGAAAUGGUGCGUAACGUGCAAAUUCUACCGACCGCCAAGAUGUUCCCACUGUUCCGUGUGCAAUCAUUGCAUAGAGACCUUCGAUCAUCACUGUCCUUGGGUCAACAACUGUAUCGGUCGUCGAAAUUAUCGAUUCUUCUUCUUCUUCCUGAUAUCGCUGUCGAUUCACAUGCUAAGCAUCUUCGCGCUCUCCCUAAUCUAUGUACUACAGAAGGAAAAGGACAAGCUGACCGAGGUGGAACCGAUCGUGGCAAUGGUGCUGAUAGCAAUCGUUACCCUGUUGGCGAUACCAAUUUUUGGCUUAACCGGAUUUCAUAUGGUACUGGUGUCUCGGGGGCGUACCACUAAUGAGCAAGUCACCGGCAAGUUCAAGGGAGGCUACAAUCCGUUCUCACGUGGUUGUUGGAACAACUGUUGUUACACACAGUGUGGUCCGCAAUAUCCGAGUCUGCUAAAACCACAGAAGUACGUCGCUAGGAGGUCGAACAAGGAAAACCAAUCGAUUAGUACAAUCACGAACGACGGUGGCCCGGCAGGCGGCAGUAACUCCAGCCGGCACUUGAACUCUCAACAGCAGCAGGGACUCAGUGCAAGCGGUUCCGGUGGCAGUAGCCAGGGCAUCUACGAUAACAGUCGCCAUACGCAGGUAAAAACCUAUAUGGAUCAUGGCAAUGGUCACGGUAUUCGUACGGUUGGAUCCAGCCAUUACAGUAAGCUAUCUCCGGGUCGUGAAUGUUCCGAUAUCGACAUGGAACCUCAAGCUUCGCAGAGUCGGGACUGUGAACCGACGCCACCACUGCAGCGACAUGGCUCCAAGAGCAACUUCUUUCUGCCACCGAUCGAUGGCAAUGGAGGUAUCAAUAUGAAUGGUAGUCAAGGCCAAGGAGGCAAUGGUGGAGGAGAUUCCCCUCGACAUAUACGUAUGUACCAUCCAAGGCACAGCCCACAUCCUCGCCAGAGAGGACUGGAUCCGUCGCGUAGUUUCACACCCGAGGGUCUCUCGCCAGAUCAACCUCCACCGAUGAUUACUAUCCAGCAACAGCAGCAGCAACAGCCAAACCAACAGGGUAUUCCACGCGGCACUUCGGCAACACCCACAAUGCAGCAACGCAUCAAGGCACUAGGUGUGGCUACCCCUUUGGCAAUGUCUAGUCCCGUUAGACGAUCCAACCCCGGAACGCCAACGCAACCCCGACGGCCGGAUUUCAUCGGAGUCAAUAUGGUCAACCAACCGCAACAACAGCAGCCAGGUGCAACAUACUACGAUUUUCCUCUCCAACAGCAGCAGCAGCAGCAACAGCAAUCACAGCUGCAUCAAACUGGUCUUCCCCCGGUACAUCCCUACCAUCAGCAGCAGCCAAUGUCUCAACAACAACAACAGCCAUCGCAGUAUCCGAUGGUGCAUCACAACGGUGGCUUGCCGCAGCAACAGCAGCAACAACAGCAGCGGCCACCGAACAUCGUCUACCACCAUGGAAGCCCCCAAAGACGUUAUUUGUCCGAGGGUGAACUUGCACGGCAAGGUGCGGAACUCUCCUACGCUCGCAGUAACCAAACAGUUGAUAACAUUCGUGAAUUAGCCGGCAGCCCACAACGCGGGGUGUACAUGUGGAAGGAUACAUCACCUGGAUUCAGCAACGGAAAUGGUCCAGCGAACAAUCAACAGCAACAGUCACAAUCGCCCGGAGUUUUUGUAAGUAUGGCUCAAUCCGUCUACCAGAAUACGCCCAGUCCGACUGCACCUCAGCAGCAGCCCCAACAGCCCCAGUACGGUAGUGUCAGCGCAGCCCGAUAUCAACUGCAGCAGCAACAGCAACAGGCCAGCUUAAACACCGGUUAUCACCCAGCCCUACGUGGAGGAGUGCCGGUAUUUCCUCCUCAACCCCUUCCAGCCUCCGUAGUCCCAGUGACCACGCAACAGCAAUCGGGUGGCGUUAAUGGACCACAGGCUCCAUCGCCGCAAAUCAAACGGAAAGCCACGCCCACACGGCCGAUGUCGUUCGUAAGAGCACUCGAGAUGACGGACUCGAUAGAAAUGAAUGCGACCGAUUCGGGUGGUGGUGGUUCCGCGAUUGGCAGUGGUAAUGGCAGCAGCGCCGCACAGCAGCAACCACAAGGCGGCGGACCGUCCGGCCGAGCUACUACACCCACUCCGCCAGACAGGGGCAGCGUGUACGAUAUGAACUACGAGAUUUCCGUAUAACAACUGUAACCGGUCCGGUGAAGCAGCAGCAGCAACGGCGGCAGCAGUAGUAGCGUUUAGUGUUUUGAAAUAGGAAAACAGAUCGGCUAACACCGUUGGCAAUGCUUGUUAGGGAAUAUUGUCAGUUAUUGAUAGAGUUAUUGUUUUGUUUGCUUGUUUUCUUUUAAUAGUAUUUAUUAUUUUCCUCUGUACAGCCGCCCAAUUCCCUGAUAAGAUACAUUUCUACUAUGUAAUUUUCUUUUAGGCUUUGGCGGGGAAACCCAGUGUCAGUCUAAAUAUUUUGAUUAUUUUAUUCUCCACAAAUUGGCGUUUCGUACUAACAUUUAGUCCUAGAUAUUCUCCUAAUAUCAAUCAGGAAUUGGCCGGAGAUAGGCGAACGAACCUAACAAUUUAAUCAUAUAAAUUACUCGUCAAAAAGAAGUACGACCUUCAUUUCUUUUUAAUUCCUUCGGAAUAAUCUAAAUGCCGUUUUUUCUCAAUUAACCUAUUGUUAGCACUUUGAAUAAUCGAUGAUUUGUGACUAAGAUGAACCCAAUAAUACGAAUGAUGUACUUUACUGUUACCUUUGAAUGGAAUGUGAAUGGCACAUGUUUUUGAGAAUCUACUUCUGGUCUAAAGCACUUUUUGUUGUUGCUGUUGUUGUUGGUCUCAAGUAUAGGGGGAGCUUCAUCUUCCCUUCUUUCGUCAUCCUCAAGUAAGCCGCACUUUGGACUGUAAAUAUAGAUUUUCCUUAGCCUAUCGCUAAAUAGAUAACAAUAAGGUGGCUCAUAUAAUCUAGCAGCACAGAUGAGAAACAAAUGUACUAAGAACGAUUAAUCACACUGCAAAACUAACGACGCGAUAUCGGUGAUGAGAUAUUCUGGCACAAUGGAGGAGAUAUUUUUUGCAAGAAUUCUUGUGGAAACUCAAAACUCAUUCGAUGCUCUACCUCAGUUUUCUUUUCUUUAUGUUUAACCCGUUAGGUAAUUGAGUCACGUAGAUAAUGCACUGACCACAUGUAUCACUUGCCGAAGACUGAACUAAUCGCUUGAUUUAUACGAAAAAAAUAGGUCUUAAUUGCAAACCAAUUCUUAUUUGUUAACAGUUUUGUGAGCUCUACUUGUUUGUGCCAAAAUAUAGCUCCUAAAGUCGCGUCGUCCUUGUUUUGCAUGUUUUUUUUAGCUUAUAGAUUUCUGGGUUCCAUUCUCCUGAAAAUCGGAAACUUUUGAGCCAACCUUCUACACUCAAACACGUCCGUUUUCACCAUUGCAAAUGUGACACUCAUAGGUAUAUUCGAUAAGUUUAGCAACAAAGCAAAAGCCAAUCCAAUCGCAAAUGUUAUGUCCCUGUGAGAGUAAACACAUUUAAUGAUAUAAAGAACUGCUAGUUUUACGAAAAAAAACGUGGAUUUCGAGCAGGAUGCAAAACCCCGACCCAACGCAAAUGUCGUUUCUCGGUUUUUGUUGGUGUAUGUAAAAUUGAACGAGAAAAUAACCCGAGACUCUCUAAAUCUAGGAAAAAAUCCAUUUUGGAGGCAGCAAACGCGAAUGUAUAGAAUAAUUAGCUUUGGAUGCAGAUUAGAAGAGAUGAAUUCACUGCCCGUUCGUUGUUAGUAAAGGAAAUCCCUUUCCCUUCCGCGCUGUUAAGAGAAAGAAAGAAAGAGAGAGUGUGUCUGUACGCGUGCUACGAAACAUCACACGUGGUUGCUAAUGCGAGGUUCUCUCCCCGCUAGGCCAGCUAGUACUGCAUCCAGUUUUUGUACAAGUGUAUAAUUGUUAGAAUAUUUUGAAAUAGUUUCGAAAAGCGACGAACGGCUUUUUCCCGGAUGACGGGUAAAAUGCAGGAGAUCGUUUUUAUGACAUAAAGGAAGUAGUUUUACAAAGCUAGUGAGUAAAGCAGAUCGACUCGUCGAAACCUGACGAAGUGUAGUAGGAGAAUAUGAUAGUUACAUGUAUUUAUUAACAAGUUGUGCAUACUGACUGUCCGUGAUUCGCCAGGAAGCAAGCAAUUGAUUGCCCCUAUCUUUCGGUUAUGCUAACUAAUCCUAUCCUGCAUGUGUACAUAGAUUAACAUACCUUUCGUAACGAAAAAUUGUUAUCUUAAAAAAGGCACACAGAAAAAAGGGAAAAACAUUCAAUAUAAGAUAUGACUUUAAUACAAAGCAAACUUUCAUCAGGAAAAAAGAGGGAUCAUUCUUCCCUGUGAAUUCAUGAAAUUCAAACCCCUAUCCUUCCAUGAUCAGACCGUUUGUCAAGCCGCGGCGGGGGCUCCUGAAAGCCAUGAUUCAGCUUCCUUCGCGUUCGCGUAGGUGUUUGUAUUGUACAUUACAGUGUAGCUGUUAUGGGUUGAGAAAUACAAAUAUAUUUACUGUGUGUGUAACAGGCAGUGCAUUGAAAUCUAACUGUUAUGAUACGUUUUUCCUUUUGCGGAUUCGCGAAUGAGAAGAUGAAUAAUUCAACAUGGUCGGAUAACAGCUAUAAAUAUAAGACAGAACAGAAAGAAUAACAAUGAAAACACUUAUAUAUAUGACAAAGAGAAACUGUAAUA